GGUUUAGGGAAACCGACUUUGCUAACUCACAAGCUAACCUAGCUAGCGUUAGCUAAACUGAACUCGUGACAAAGUAUUGCUAGGCAGACCUUGGAGAGGAUCAUCCCUUCACUAUAGGGCUCUUACAGCGAGCUGAAUACUACAUGAGGGACCCAGGGGAAGGGCCAGGAAAAUGCUUUUGUAUACCAACAGGAUGUCAUGGUGGGUUCGGGCACAGAGGGAGAGAGCGAUAAGCAAGAAGAUGGACUUAGAAGAUGGACCCAGGAUAAAACCGCAGUUUUGAAUGACCUCACCUGGCUUGUCAUACAAAACAGAGACAGAAGGAGCUGGUCAGUGUGGAAUCAAUGCCAGUGACCCUAUUUAUCUGGAGCUUCUCCAAAUACAUCUCUGUCACUUAGGACAAGUGUGCAGUCUGGACACCUGUGACCAUGGCUCUGUAGUCCUCAUGUAACCUUGUUGUUUUAGCACCUGUCCGAGUGAAACAAUCAUGGCCAGCAUGGCAGUUCAGCUCCUUGGAUUCUUCUUAGGGCUGUUGGGACUUGUGGGAACUGUAGUUUCAACUCUGCUCCCCCACUGGCGCAGCACAGCCUAUGUGGGCUCGAACAUCAUCACAGCCACCGCCUACAUGAAAGGCCUGUGGAUGGAGUGUGUAUGGCACAGCACUGGCAUUUACCAAUGUGAGCUGUACAGAUCUCUACUAGCACUGCCACGAGACCUGCAGGCAGCCCGGGCGCUCAUGGUGCUCUCCUGCAUCACCUCAGUCCUGGCAUCUGUAGUGUCUGCGAUGGGGAUGAAAUGUACCCGCUUUGCCCGUGGCUCGUUGAUCAAGUCUCCGUUGGCGAUGAGUGGGGGGAUUUGUUUCCUCUGUGCUGGUCUUCUCUGCCUGGUCACAGUGUCCUGGACCACCAACGAUGUCAUAAUGGAAUUCUACGACCCCUUCCUUCCCAGCGGGAUGAAAUAUGAGAUCGGCCUGGCCGUAUACCUCGGCUACGCCUCGGCCUGCCUCAGCCUGAGCGGAGGACUGGUGCUGUGCUGGAGCAGUAGGGGUGCCACGUCACAGAGUCCCCCCCAUACGCAGAGGAAUCAACCAUCAUCACCUCCCCCUUGCUUCUACAACAUAUAUACCCCUGCUCCACUCUACAAGCCCCCAGAGGCGCUAAAGGACAAUCACGCUCCCUCACUUUGCUCCCUUUCCAGCAGCGGCUACAGGCUCAAUAACUAUGUCUAAAACUGGGGGAGACACUAACAUGGUAACUGUGAGGCUACAAGAUCUGCGUAUGAAUGAAACUGAUACUGAACGGUUCAAAACAGUCAAUUGACCACAUCUCCAACUUAUUUUUAAUACCUCUCCAAGUAUUUGCACCUCCUCCAUACCCAUAAAACAAGAUGGAAAAGGGAAAAGGAAGAACCAGUGUCCUACAAUCCUAUAUUUGACCAAAUAUCAGUUGCCAUAUUUGAAAGGAUAUCACGACUUGACAAACUCCCAAACCCCUUGCUUCAAACUUCAUUGUGAUCAGAUCUUAGGUUACAUUAUGGUGGUUCCUAGCAAAACUGGGAACCACUGUGUGUGUAAGAGAAGUGAGAAAAUAAAACCUGCUGCUACGUACCUGAAGGACCAGAAGAUGGCAACAUUUUCCUGAAAAUAGUCACAGAAGCGACUGCAUGAAUCAGUUUCCACACUCUCAUUGUAUCACUCAUGUUAAUAAAUGACCAGUUGUUCUGUCACAUCCUUAUUGGAGAACACUUUUUAGCUGGGAUUAACUCUUUGAAAAUGACAAUACAAAUGCACCGUUACUUUUAUAAACAAACAUAUUGUACUUAAUAUCUGUAGUCACUGUCUAUAAAUCAUUUUCAAGUUGACAAAAAUAUACGAUUAAUGCAUUUCUAAUCAUUUAAAUAUAAUUGAUAUAAUAAAAAUACUUUA